AUGCCACCCCCAUCAACUUCUCAUACCCCCCCCAAGCCUCCAGAUCACUCUCGCUCUCCCCCUCCAUCCCCUUCCGACGACUCCGAAACCGAUCUCGAUCUCGACCUCGACCUCGAAGAGCUCGACCCGCAACCAACCCAUCACCACCAACCCUCCCAUCACCAUUCCGACUCCUCAACCUCCCGCAAGGGUCUACUAGGCGGCCAUCAUACCUCCCUCGGCCACUCUCACUCCCGCGAAUCCUCCCUAACCGAGUCUUCCGCCCCCCGCAUCGCCCUCCGCACGCUCCGCAUGCGCGGCCUGCGCCGCAACGCCGCCGGCACAAAAAGAUCCUUCUCGGGGUCGGGGUAUGGGCUGGGGCACAGUCGCGGGGAUGACGACACCGAGGCACUGCUGAGGAGCCAUAACGCGGGGGAAGGGCCGAGCGGGAGUAACCCGCGGUAUUCAGACGGGGGCGGAAGCGCUGGGAAUAGUGAUGAGGCGCCGUUGUUGAGUGAUGGGUCGGGGAAGAGACAUCAUAGGAGACACUCCUCCCUCGCGGGGGAUGCCCUGCGCGGGGUGAGCGGCUGGCGGGGAUGGGUAUCAAGAUUGACCGGGAGAGUUCCAGCCGAGGUCCAACGUAAACGAGACGAGGACCUCGACAAAGAAGACGACGACCCAUCGGCGUCGAGGCUGGUCGCGGUUGGAUCCACGCAAUCAACACGCUUCCCACCAAACAUCGUCUCCAACGCAAAGUACACGGCCUGGAGUUUCCUGCCUGUUACACUGUACAAUGAGUUCAGCUUCUUCUUCAACAUGUACUUUUUGCUGGUCGCCCUAUCACAGGCGAUUCCGGCGCUUCGGAUCGGGUACCUGUCGACGUACAUCGCGCCGCUGGCGUUCGUGCUGGUGAUUACGCUGGGAAAAGAGGCGUAUGAUGACGUGGAGAGGCGGAGGAGGGACAACGAGGCUAAUUCGGAGGAGUACACCGUGUUGCAGUUUGACUCCGAGGCGGGUAGGCCCGGUACCAGGCAGAGGAGAGCGUUGCACUCGCGCAAGAAGGGGAGCAACGGGCGAUAUGUUGCCGAGAGGGAUAGGCUGGCCGAUAUCCAAGAGGAGGAGGAAUCAACCGAGAACGACGGUCGCGGCUGGCGCGUUACCGAGAUCAAGAAGAAAUCCAAAGACCUCAAGGUCGGCGACGUGCUCAAGCUGAGCAAGGGUCACCGCGUCCCCGCCGACGUGAUCAUCCUCAAGUGCUUAUCGGAUUCACACAGCAAGCAUGAGGACGAGUCUCUGCUCAUCGACCACGACAGCAGCAGCAGUAGCAGCAGCAGCAGCAGCAGACCAGGCAGCGGCGCGUCGAACGGGGAGACGUUCAUCAGAACGGACCAACUCGACGGCGAAACUGACUGGAAACUGCGCUUAGCCUCUCCCCUCUCCCAGAACCUCCCUACCCGCGACCUCGUCCGCCUGCGCGUCACCGCCGGCAAGCCAGAUCGCAAAGUAAACGAGUUUGUCGGCACCCUGGAGCUUCUCCCCUCCCGACAAGACGCCAUGAGCGGCGAGUCCUUCACCGCGAGUGGUGCGGAGGACGACGACACCAACGGACUGGUCAAGGCGGCGCCGCUGUCUAUCGAUAACACCGCGUGGGCGAACACGGUCAUCGCCUCACACGCGACCACUCUCGCCGUGGUCAUCUACACGGGUCCGCAGACACGCUCCGCGCUGUCGACUGCCCCGUCGAGGUCGAAGACGGGACUGCUCGAGUACGAAAUCAACUCGCUCACAAAGAUUUUGUGCUUUUUGACGCUGGCGCUGUCUGUCAUCCUCGUCGCGUUGCAAGGGUUUCGCAACCAGGAGGGGAACGUCUGGUAUGUUAAGAUUAUGAGGUUCUUGGUGCUCUUCUCGACGAUCGUGCCGAUUAGUCUGAGGGUGAACCUCGAUCUCGGAAAGAGCGCGUACUCGAGGUUCAUACAGAACGAUCCCGGCAUUCCGGGAGCGGUGGUCAGGACUAGUACUAUACCCGAAGAUCUGGGCCGGAUCGAGUACCUGCUGUCAGACAAGACGGGCACCCUGACACAGAACGAGAUGGAGAUGAAAAAGAUCCAUGUCGGCACCGUGUCGUACGCGAAUGAUGCCAUGGACGAGGUCGCGGCGUAUGUACGGCAGGGGUUUCAUACUGCUUCGCCGAAUCAUCUGGCUACUCCUUCUUCCUCGUUGUCGGCGGCUGCCGGCAACAUCGGCGCUACGCGCACCCGUCGCGAGAUCGGCUCGCGUGUUCGGGACGUGGUGCUCGCUCUCGCCCUCUGCCACAACGUCACCCCCACCACCGACCAAGACGAUCACGGCAACAGCGUCAACUCCUACCAGGCCAGCUCGCCCGACGAGAUCGCCAUCGUGCGUUGGACGGAAUCGGUCGGGUUGCGCCUCGCCUACCGCGAUCGGACCAGCAUGGUUCUCGAAUCAACCGAAACCGGCCGGGUCGUCGUCAAGGUCCGCAUCCUGGACAUCUUCCCGUUCACGUCCGAAGGCAAGCGCAUGGGUAUCAUCGUGCAGUUCCAGGAGCGGCUGCAGGAUGACAGCGGGUCGGGCGAGAUCUGGUUCUACCAAAAAGGCGCCGACACCGUCAUGUCGUCCAUCGUGGCCGCCAACGACUGGCUGGACGAGGAGACGGCCAACAUGGCGCGGGAGGGGUUGCGGACUCUGGUCGUCGGCCGCAAGCGGCUGUCUUCGUCAGAGUAUGCCGCCUUCGCGGCGCAGUAUCAUGAAGCCUCGCUGGCUAUCACGGCCCGCGACGCGGGCAUGCAAGCCGUCGUCGCGCAGUACCUCGAGCAUGAUCUCGAGUUGUUGGGCGUCACGGGUGUCGAGGACAAACUCCAGAAGGACGUAAAACCUUCGCUCGAGUUGCUCCGCAACGCAGGCAUCAAAAUCUGGAUGCUCACCGGCGACAAGGUGGAAACAGCCCGCUGCGUCGCCGUCUCGAGCAAACUGGUCGCCCGGGGACAGUACAUCCACACGGUGGCCAAACUCCGACGGAGGGACACAGCCCUCGAACAUCUCGAUCUGCUCCGCUCGAAGCCCGACUCCUGCCUGCUGAUCGACGGCGAGUCGCUGAGUCUGUACCUCACCCACCUGCGGACGGAGUUCGUUUCCGUGGCGGUCACCCUGCCCGCCGUGGUAGCCUGCCGCUGCUCCCCCACGCAAAAGGCCGACGUGGCGACGCUGAUCAAGCAGUUCACCUCCAAGCGCGUGUGCUGUAUCGGGGAUGGAGGCAACGACGUGAGCAUGAUCCAGGCGGCGGACGUGGGCGUCGGCAUCGUCGGGAAAGAAGGGCGACAGGCGAGUCUGGCGGCCGAUUUUUCCAUCACCCAGUUUUGUCACCUGGUCAAGCUGCUCGUCUGGCACGGGAGGAAUAGCUAUAAGAGGAGUGCGAAGCUGGCACAGUUUGUGAUUCACAGGGGGUUGAUCAUUGCGGUCUGUCAGACGGUGUACUCCAUCGCGCUAGGCUUCGAGCCAGAAGGUUUGUACAAAGACUGGUUGAUGGUGGGCUAUGCGACUGUUUACACGGCCGCGCCGGUCCUCUCUCUCGUGCUAGACACGGACGUGGACGAGGCCCUUGCCAAUCUGUAUCCUGAACUCUACAAGGAACUCACCGAAGGUCGCUCGCUGUCAUACCGCACCUUCUUCGGCUGGGUGCUGGUGUCCAUCUACCAGGGGUGCUUGAUCCAGGGGCUGGCUCAGGUGCUGACGGAAGUAGACGGGCCGAGGAUGGUAGCGGUCAGUUAUACGGUGCUGGUGCUGAAUGAGCUGUUGAUGGUGGCGAUUGAGAUUACCACGUGGCAUUGGGUGAUGGUAGUGUCGAUUUUGGGAACUUUUGUGGUAUUUGUGGGGAGCGUGCCGUUCUUGGGGGGAUAUUUUGAUUUGGAGUUUUUGUUAACUUUGGGCUUCUACUGGCGUGUCGCCGCCAUCGGCGCCAUGUCGCUUAUCCCAACAUACGCGGCCAAGGUGAUUCGGCGAACGAUGAAGCCGCCUUCGUAUCGGAAGGUGCAGAGUGUUUAG